AUGUUUGAAGAAUCUAUGUCCCCUACAGCUUCGAUCUGGGCGUCCAUGAACAGCUGGUUCACUCCCGCUGUUUUCUUCGUCGUCGUCAAUCUCAUGAUUGGCACCAUUGCCAUUACUUCGAGAUUAGGCAACCAAAAGCACCAAGGAGCAGGAGCAGAAGCAGAAGCAGAAGCAGAAGCAUCACAAGAAUACCGACAACACCGACAGCUUGCUAGAUCUCCAUCCGUAUUGCAAAGGCUCAAAUCGAUCAACUUCUUCUACGCCUACAGAUCCCAGGAACCAGCUAACACCUGCGAGAAAUCCCCUGAAUCGGAGAGCCAUUUCGAUUUCAAAUUCAAACAGCUCCAUGAACGAGAGCAACCCCAACUUCCCAGAUCUACGUCUCUUCUUCAGAGGCUCAAGUCCAUUAACCUCCGCAGUUACCAAUCCCCCGAGCCCAGCGCGCCAGAGUCUCCGGACACUGCCAUUUCCGCUACAGCUACCUCCGAUUUGCACAAAACCCGAGAAUUCGAUAUCAAUUUCACGACUCUCCAACAACCACUAGAGAAUGAAGAAGAAGAGCAAUCCCUGGAAGAAAAUGAAGACGAAGACGAAGAACAAGAUCAAUAUCCGGACCAGACCAUGAGUGAGAUUUACGGCCGGCUACAGGGCACCCACGCUACCAAGCGCAGCACACCACAGUCCCCAACCACUGCCAUUACCGCUAACGCUACCUCCGAUUUUCUCAAAAACCAUGAAUUUGAUACCCAUUUCACGACUCUCCAAAAACCCCUAGAAAAUGAAGAAGAAGAAGAAGAACAGUCCCAGCAAGAAGACGAAUACAAAGAACAAGAUCAAUACGCGGACCAGACCAUGAAUGAUAUUUACGACCGGCUACAGGUCACGCACGCUACCAAGCCGGCGUCAGACGAGGUACCGAGAAAGCCGAAGAGGAAGAUGAAGAAGUCGGUGAGCGCCAAGUUGGCGGCGUCUCAGCAUUUUGAAGAGUACGACAUGGUUGAGGCUCGCAGGCCGGCGACAGUGAGGGAAGGAAAGGUUGUGGCGACUGAGGACAAUGAAGAGGUGGACUCCAAGGCAGACGAUUUCAUCAACAACUUCAAGAAUCAGUUGAAGUUGCAGAGGAUGAACUCCAUUUUGAGGAACAAUGAGGAGGAUCACCGCAGGCUGAGUGGUAAUUAG